AUGCCCCCGCCGCUGCUUCCACCCUCCUUGGACCGCGCGAGCCUCGCCGUUCUCCGUGAAAUCGGAGUCUCAGUCGCUGAAUACUCGCCCAGCCCUGCGCAGGACAAGGAAGAAGCUGCGGUGGACGUGGCCACCGUCGCGGAUCUGCAGAACGAGCACUCGAACGCUGCCGACGUCGAGUACAAGGUCGUUAAGGGCCGCGUGCACCUGGACGUGCGGGACUCGGCUGACUGCUGGGUGCGUUGCACGCUGACCGAGGGCAUGAAGGCUUCGCUGAGACUGCGGGUGCUGCACCGCUUCGUGCCGAUCGCUGGCCAUGCCGCGCAGCUGCUGGAGACCAGCAAGACGGCGGCCAGCCUCACGGCUCGUUACACUCGUCCGGCGGACGCUGCCACUCACUCGACGCUGGUGGAUGCCAACGAGUGCCGCAAGCUCGUUUGCGAGCUGUGCCGCCUGUACUACACCACGGAGUGGAUGACGGGCACGGGCGGAGCCAUGAGUCUGCGCCAUGGCGAGCGCAUCUACGUCACCCCGUCGGGCGUCCCCAAGGAGCGUCUGCAGCCCGAGGACCUGUACGUGCUGGACCUGGACGGCGGCAUCCUCUCGAGUCCCAAGGCUAAGCCGGGCAAGAAGGCCCCCAAGCUCUCGGACUGUGCCCCUCUGUUCCUGAACGCGCACAAGAUUCGCAAGGCUGCCGUCGUGCUGCACAGCCACGGCAUCACCUGCAACUUGGCGGCGGCGCUCUGCGACGGCAAGAGCGAGUUCCGCAUCUCCCACCAGGAGAUGAUCAAGGGGAUCACCGGCCACGGCUACGCGGACACGCUGGUGGUGCCUGUGAUCGACAACGCUCCCAAGGAGUCGGCGCUGGCUGAGCCGAUCGCCCGUACUAUAGAGGCGUACCCCAACACCUCGGCUGUGCUUGUCCGUCGCCACGGUCUCUUUGUGUGGGGCGACUCGUGGGAGGCUGCCAAGCGCCACGCCGAGUGCCUGCACUACCUGUUUGAGGCGGCUAUCGAGAUGCGCAAGCUCAACCUGGACUACACCGUGCCCCCGGUGUCGGCGUCCUCGAGCAACGGCAGCUCUCUCAAGCGCGCGCGCUCCGAGGAGACGAGCAACGGAGAACUCACCAUGGCGGAGAAGCACAAGGUGGUCAUGUGCGACAUCGAAGGCACCACCACGCCGAUCACGUUUGUCCACGACAUUCUGUUCCCGUACGUGACCAACAACGUCGACCGCUUCCUGGAGCAGACCUGGGAUCAGCCCGACACGAAGGCCGAUGUGGCGGCUCUGGUGGCUCAGCACAAACAGGACCAGACCGAUGGAGUCAACCCGCCCGCGCUGGAUGCCGAGCAGGGCAAGGAGAAGCUCAUCGCCGACCUGACCACCUACGUCAAGUGGAAUGUCAAGGCGGACCGCAAGAUCGGUCCCCUCAAGCAGCUGCAGGGCCACAUGUGGCUCCAGGGCUACGAGAGCGGCGAACUUAAGGCGCAGGUGUACGACGACGUGCCCCCGCUCUUUGAGCGUCUGCGUGCUCGUGGAGUGCGGGUGGGCAUCUACUCGUCCGGCUCGCGUCAGGCUCAAAAGCUGCUCUUCCAGUACUCGGACAAGGGCGAUCUGCGCGAGUAUCUGACCGUCUACUUCGACACGAAGAUCGGUCACAAGCGCGAGGUCGGAAGCUACAAGGAAAUCGUUCAGAGUCUCGGCGUGGACAGCGGCAAGGACGUGCUAUUUGUCACGGACGUGAUCGAGGAGGCCCAGGCUGCUGAGGCCGCCGGACUUGACACCGUUCUGUCCGUGCGUCCGGGCAACAAGCCGCUGCCAGAGUCCCACCACUUCCCCACGAUCCACUCCUUUGCCGAGCUGUAA